AUGGACUGUCUCAGUAACAAUCGAGGCAUUCGGGUCCGUCGUGAAACAGUAACGGUGCACAGCGACGACAGGCCGUCACAUCGAAGAACUCCGUCACAAGUCACGACUACGAUUCUAUCUGGCACAGCGGGGCAUCAAACACACCCUAGCUAUCAUUUCGAGAGUUUCCUCUUAGACGACGCCUCAAGCUCAACCGACAACUUGGUCAACGUCCCCGUUCCCAGAGUUCCCAAUCAAAAUCAGUCGCGACAAUCUAUAAAGGGAAGGAAGAGGGAUAGCUUGCGCGAUCUGAUCGACUUUUUUCGCAACACGUCCCGGGCGCCGGAGAAUCUGAAGUCCAUCCCAGACUUGCCGGCCCAAGCCAUGGCGGACCCCGAAUGUAACCCCAAACGGAAGUUGUCCCUCUGGCGCGGGCUAGGGCGAAAACCAUGGAAAUCUGAAAAUGGGAAUCGGAAUCAGAAGCAGCAGCAGCAGCAGCAGCAGCAACGGCGUUGGUCGAAACUCCUUAGACUGCCGGACUCGGCUGUCACGAGCACCACGAUCAACGGUCACAAGCACAUCGCCAUAUCGAUCCCCAUUGAGCAUGACAAUUUGGAUUUGUUGAGACACAAUAACAACAUCAACACCAAACAGGAUCCGGUUAGGCCACGACGGACAAUAAAAGUCGAUCACAAUCACAACGUCACCGUUUCGGUUCCUCCUCGGCGCCGACCACGACCCCUGUCCGAGCCACUGCCCCGGGGUAGCAGCAUCAACGGUGCUGACGAUCUCUUGAAGCUGGUUUUAGACCCGCACGAAGCGCGACAGCCGCAUCAGGCGCCAGCGCCGAGGUUUAGUGCUACUGCUUCUAUGGACGACUUUGAUGAACAGCAACAUUCCCGGAGAGCAGAAGUCUCGGUUCGUGCCCGUGCCCGUGGUGGUGGUCCAGUGCCAGCGCAACAUCACGUCUCUUAUGAUCAUCAGCUGACAGAUUUGUUGGACCAACAAGGCCCUGUCUUUCCAUAUACGCUUCCCACUGCUUUGGUAAUAGCCCAGUCGGACCCUGCUGCUGAUACCAGCUUGGAUAAUGCCCAUCGUCGUCGCUUGCCUUUGCUGCGCCGUCAACGAGGGCUUUGCAUACGCCGUCCCCAGUCUGCAUAUUCCUUAGAUGCGUUAGAUACCCUACAUACGAUUAUGGACAGAAGCUAUCUUUGCAAGUCACCUUCUGUUGCGGACAGCUCCGACUCAGACUCGAGCGAGACGAUACUAUCAGAUACGGUGUCUGUUUCGAUUCCGUCGCCGCAUCUUUCUGCCGAGUGUCUAGGCGACGACACUCCUGCACAAGACCCUGCUCAACAUGGGGCAAACCCUACAGCUACAAAAUGCGGGGAUUGUUCUUGGAUUGCCAUCAGCCCGGUGCUAGAAACUACGAGAAAUCCAGACGAACUAUACCAACGAGAUGACGGCCAAGUCCUUCGUCUAGAGAAUCGAGAGAGUCAUGGUCUACUACUAGGUUCAUCAUUCCGACCUUCCCGUCCCAUCAGCCUGCAAUCAUUUUCAGCAAUCAGCUCCUUAGAAUUGCCACCACCACAACAACCACAACAAGCACAACAAGCACAAUGCCGGCCAGUUCUACGCAUAACUCCCGUCCAAAUCAUAGCCGAUCUCCCGCCAACCCCAGACUCCCUCGACGAGUCACGAAGUACAACACCCGAAUUUGCGGCUGCGGCGCCCAGUCCAACGGUACCAAGAAUCCUCCGCUCUCCCCGGCGCAAACCACGCACCUUAGACCUCCGUGCCCAAGCCAACGAGUCACCUACCAGCCAACCCUCCCCAACUCAUGAAAUACAGUCUCUCAAAGACCUUACAUUCCCGAGAUUAUUACCCCCUCCCGACAUCGAUCCCAACAAACCCAUCUCCCCGCACAGAAUUCUUGCUACCAUACCUCCAAAUCACAACCAUCAGGACUAUUUUUCCCCGUUUGCCCCGUCACCCCUACCUUCGCCCCUUGUUUCGAACGAUGGUCUCGCUGUAGACACAUCAUCACCAAACCGUGAUUCCAUUGGGGGGGGGCUGCUUGCUGGGGAGAACUUUAUGGGUUCGUUGAUUACCCGGCUGGACCGGUUGGAGAAGAUAUUGAGCGGGGAUAUCCGGUGGGCGGUGGUUAGGGAUUGGGAUGGCGAGGUUAGGAGGGCGAGGAUGAAAGAGCGAGAGAGAAUUAGGGAGCAGGAGAGAAAGGAGCAAGAGAGGAUCAGAGAACAAGAGAGAAUCAGAGAGAAGGAGAGGAUCAAGAAACAAGAGAAGCUCAAAGAGGAAGAGAGGGUCAGGGAGCAAGAGAGGCUGAGAGAACAACAGAGGGUCAAAGCACAGAAGAGACUCGAGGAGUAUGAAAGACCAAAGCCAGCGAAACCAGGAAACUCGAAGUCAGGGAAGACUAUGGCUUGGUGGAAGACAGGAGAGCAAGGUAUAAUUGGCACUGAAGCUGAAACGAGCUGUGAAGUCGGGGAUGAUGAGCGAAAAGAAGUCAGGUUUUCACUUGAGCUCCCUGUUGAGCAAAACGGACAGCAAGAAAGUAUACCGCGCGAAGGACAAAGGACCCUCCACAGCUGGUAUAAAAGUACCUCGACUCUCGGAGUCGAGAGAGAUGAGCCACUCAUUCAACUCCCAGGCCCUCGAGAUUUGCUCUCCUUCCGAGAACACGAAGAACUCAGAAAGAGAGCUGGGUCGCCCAUGAAACAUGGAGGGUUUGAGGCUUUGUUAGGAGAGAACAAUAAAACAGGACAAACGCAAAUCGAGGUCGUGAUACCCGAAAGGAGAUCCAGCCUAGCUGGCCAGCAACAACAUGUAGAAGGUAGAAAGCGGGAUUUGUCGGACAGAGACGGGUUGGAGAAGAUCGCAAAGGUGAUGAAUGAGUUGGUUUUGGGGUUUGAUGAGGUUCACUAA